AGCUUCAAGAUACCUUCGACAGACAGACCGUUGUACAAACUCUUCUCCUCAAUCAAGACACCGCACGCGACGAUAGAUUUGGUUCGUCUUUUGCCCUCUCUGGAUUCGGCAGCUGCCCUUUCAUUGGGAUGAUGAAAGAUGAUAGUUCCUCUAUACAGGAUUUUUUUAGUCGAUCUGGACGUCAUAUCAGACCGGAUUGGCAUUCUAGCGUCUCUGAUGCUACUUCCUUCACUAUUGGGCAGAUGUCUAUGGCGACUUCUGUAAACACUCAACAUCAUUUUGCGCGAGGCAUCGGUAGCAGGGACCCUGGAUUAGGUAUCGACUUGAGCAUAACCGAUAGCACUAUUACCGUGACACACGAAGACAAACCCCGAUACAUAUCCGCUCGAGCGAAGUACGAUACUGGGAGCGAAGUCAACUUCACCUCUUCUGAAUUCGUAACAGAAAACGGACUCACGCCACUUUUGAACAGACUCGAGGACCCAGAGAUCUUUGUUGGGCUGAACAAUCAAGAAUACCAUGUAAAGCAUACAAUCGUCCUACACUGGUGCGGUUCAAGAAUGCACAAAGUGCGGACUACAACGUUCUUUGUGGCCGACGAGGUUCCGUAUGACAUUCUUCUAGGCAACGAGUUCAUUCUGCGCAACCGCGUCUUCGACCCGCAGCGAGCAGCUCUAGCUCUCAGACAUAAAUACCGCCACUCUGGUAAGCUUUAAGAUAUGAUCGGAUCGGAUCGUCAAUCCGUUGACUUUCAGAUCAGCUCAACGCGAGGACGACGAAAAACAAAGGCAACAACAUCAGGCACUUGCCGC